CCGUAGUGUCGUUCUUCCUUAUCAACUUCGACACAUCCGAUUUGAACAUCCGUCCGGAACCCGCCUUCCCAGCCGCCGACCCCAUUGUUACCACUAAGAAUCACUUUGAGUGGUACAACAAGCUCUCCUCUCCCAACUGCAUCCAGUAUAGCCACGUCUACAUCCCGGUCAAGAGGGUUAAAGAUCGCCACUCCACGCGCACUCACUGGACCUUCUAUCUGAUUCAAGACAUCGGCCCCACACCAUAUGCCGGUACCAACAGCAACUGGAUCGUCCUUGACGUCCUUACCCUUAGCACCGGCAAACCGUGUAUCUCCUGGAACACUAUCAUCCGUCCAACCUACGAUCAAGUCGCUGCACACAUCACCCGUGCCCAUAGCCAUCGUCUCCGCCCACUCCCACACGAGUAUUCCGGUAUACGCGCCACGUUCAGUACCUGCUACAGCACCCGCAAGUUUGCGCUCAACCCUCUUCAACGUCUAGACCCGAUCAUCCUCUGUUAA